CACACUUAGUGAAAUUUUUGUCCUUCCAAAACUCACACUUAGCCUUCAUCUCGAUCCCCUUUUAGAAACCCUGUCACCAUCGAAGAAACCCUCCAAAACUCACCGUCACGAAGAAACCCUCUCGCUACAGAAACCCUCUCACUCAUCACUAACCGUCGCUCCUCUUCGCCCUCCUCCUUGUCGCCGCGCCGCCCUCACCAUCCUCAUCUUUGUGCUUCUCAUCGUCCUUCCCCUUUCAAUCCGAUCGAGUAACCCUCAUCUCUGCGCUAUAUACUGAGCUUAAUGAAAAUUUUUUCUUUGAUUCGUCACCAAUUCACGCUACCUGCACAAACUCGCGCGCCUUCUCCUUCGAUUCAUCGCCGCUGCUCAUCUCUUCUUCAAGGGUUUUCACCUUCGAUUUGUCGUCGCUCAUCUCUUCUUCACCGUUGCCAUUCAUCACCGCACUCACCAAUGUCAAAGAAACUGUGUGCUCUCUAGCGACCUCUUCUCUGCUCUACUAUGAAGCAUCAAGGUUUCCAAUGAGGCAAAGCAUCGAUCCCUAACAAGCGAGUACUCUGCUUCAAUUUCUGUCGUGCUGUCUGACUCAACUAGCGCAAGCUGAAUGGAUCUUGUGUUUGUCGGUCUUCUUCCUUCUCUGUUUUCUUUUUUUUUUUGUCCUUUUCAUUUUCUCGUUAAGGAAGAACUUGAUUUUCCAAAGAGUGAAGGAUCUUUAGCUGGUAGCAUUAACAUUCUUUCCCCUGCUGGUUGCUGCAUUGGAUUACUAUUCUUUUUGCUUUUCCUCCAAAUCUGACCCCAGUUUGUUCUAAACCUAUGCUCUGUAUUUAUUUCUGUUAAAUGUAUUGUUAAAUUGCCUUGUUUAAACAACCAUCAGAGUUCCUCAAGUUGAAUCCUCUUGCUUUAAUUCCUAUUCUGGUGGAUGGCGAUUUUAUUCUUGCUGAAUCCUUAGCCAUUAUUAUGUAUUUGGACGAUAAGUAUCCUCAAUACCCUUUGCUGCCUCAUGACGUUCCCAAAAGAGCACUCAAUUUUCAGGUUGCACAUAUUGUUUUGCAGGAUAACUUCAUUGAGAAAAAGGUUGGCCCUCAUGAAAAACUUCCUUGGGCACAAAGUGUCAUUAGAAAGGGCUUCACAGUGCAAGAUCACUUGGAGGAUUUUAAUUGGUGUUGCCGUGGAAAAUGUAAUCCGACAGCCCAUUCCAAAG